AUGGAGAUACAUCAGUACGAGAACCCGCUACAGGUCUACCGCAAUCAUGGUGUGCUCACGCUUAUAUGGCAAGCUGCGGGGACAGCGUACUACAGCGAUAGCCUUCAUGUGCAUCCGCAUUGGCGAGACUACUCGGCUGAGGAGACGCGUGAAGUAUUCCGUGUGAGCAUUGACAAAGCCGAAGAACAUCGUCGGCAAAAUAUACCACGAUCACUACGGAUUCCCGGAGGUUCACGUUCGCGUUCACAGCGACCUCGGGUGUCCCUUUGUGGUUUGGAAAGUAUUGAUAUUGGAGGGAUAGUAGUGGACGGUAAUUUAAUGAUCACCUUCAAACACCAAGAGGCAGUCCCGAUCAUUCUUGCACAAGCUACCACCGCUAAAUCCCAACUGACUUAA